AUGGACCCACGUCGCGGAAAGGUGGCCCAGGGGGCUUCGAAAACUUCGAAAGCGGGAGCCGCAGCCCCGAAGACAGGCGCGCCCGGCGCGAAGGACGCCCAGGCCAAGCCCCUCGGGGCCUCCGGGCUCAAAGCGCAGGCCUGCGGCGGGGCUGGGGAGUCCAGACCCCCGCAGAAGAAGGGCGCCCGGGCCCCCCAGACUGGACGGCGAGUAAGCGCGGGGGAUGCCGGCGCCAAAAAGGGGCCUCUGCCCUCCCGGGGCGUUGAGUCCCCGGGCGCUCCCGGCACCGACCAGCCCGACGGGCAGGCGGUCCCCGCGGAGGGGCUGGAACCUCCCGCCGACCUGGAGCCGUCCCUUCCCGCUGGCGGGUCUCGCAGCAAGGGGAGCGCGCGCUCCUCGCUCCGGAAGCAGAGGUCCCUGACCCGACCCCCUGAGGUCCCCCCGCGAGGCCCGCUGGUCCCAGCCCGGAGUCUCGGCGGGAGGGAGGUGACCGCAGGGAAGCUCCGGUCGGUUCUGGAGAAGUUGAAGCUGAACCGCCAGGAAAUCUCAGCGGCGGCCGAGGUCGUGAACAGGGUCGUGGACCACCUGCUGCGGAGAAUGCAGAGCCGCGAGUCCGAGUUCAAAGGGGUGACGCGGCUGUCCGCGGGGAGCUACUACGAGCACGUGAAGAUUUCUGCUCCUAAUGAAUUUGAUGUUAUGUUCACAUUGGAAAUGCCCAGAAUUCAGCUAGAAGAAUAUUGCGACAGUGGUACUCAUUACUUAGUGAAGUUCAAAAGAAUUCCCAAAGGAAAUCCUCUGAGUGAGUUUUUAGAAAAAGAAGUAUUAUCAGCUUCUAAGAUGCUGUCCAAGUUUCGGACAAUCAUUAAGGAAGAAAUUAAAAACAUUCCAGGUACAGAUAUCACUCUGGAGAGGAAGAAGAGAGGGAGCCCUGCUGUAACACUUCUUAUUAGAAACCCUGAGGAAAUAUCUGUGGAUAUAAUCCUGGCUUUGGAAUCAAGAAGUGCUUGGCCAGCUUGCACUGGGGAAGGCCUCCCCAUCAAAACCUGGCUUGGAGCCAAAGUUAGGACCAGUCUAAGACGGCAGCCAUUUUACCUGGUACCCAAGCAUGCAAAAAACGAAAAUGGUUUUCAAGAAGAAACAUGGCGACUUUCCUUCUCUAACAUCGAAAAGGAUAUUUUGAAUAAUCAUGGACAACAUAAAACAUGCUGUGAAAGUGAGGGAGUGAAAUGUUGCAGGAAAGAUUGCUUAAAACUAAUGAAAUAUCUUUUACAACAAUUGAAAAAAAAGUUUGAAAACCGAAGGGACCUGGAUAAGUUCUGUUCUUAUCAUGUGAAAACCGCCUUCUUUAUUCUGUGUACCGAGUACCCAAAAGACGAUCAGUGGCUUUCUGAAAAACUAGAAGAAUGCUUUGAUAGAUGUGUGGCAUACUUUCUUGAUUGCCUCAACAAAGAAAAUCUUCAACAUUAUUUUAUCCCUUCAGUCAAUCUAUUCUCUCAAGAACAGAUUAACAGAAUAAGUAAGGAAUUUCUCUCAAAGCAAAUUGAACAUGAAAGUAACAAUGGAUUUCCAGUUUUUGAUGAAUUUUGAAAUUUUAAGUUUAAAAAGCAUUAAUGACUGUGGAAAUUUGCUAUAGCAGUGAUUGAUCAAAUGAAUGUAAAUCAUUUCUCUCUCAGUCUGUCUUAGUAAAUGCUAAUCAAGUACAAAUGAUUUUUGGCUAUCUGAGGAAAGAAAUUAGCCAAGGAACAGGAAGAAAGGAAUAUUUAAAACCUAAAAUAUUUACUAGAUUGGAAUGAAAAGGACAAAAACACAUAUUACCUUAAUUAAGUUCAUAAAGCACUUAUUAAAUACAAGUUCUCAUAUAGCACAAUUGUUCAAGAGAUACUAUUAGAAAUAACUAUUGCCUCCAUAAAUUUGGAAGGUUUUGUUCAAUGUACAAAUAUAUUUUGAAGUACUGUCUUGUCCUAUAUGUUAAUAGGUAAAAAGAAAAUGAAAAAUAAGUUGGAUAUUCAUUAUUUUACAAAAAAUUAGAGUAUUUAAUACUAAAAUAAAUUAAAUAUAAAACAUAACUUAUUCUUUUAUAUAUUUAUUUUUAAGUAACACUUUUAUAUCUAUACCAUGUCCCCAAAAAAAUGUCACUUUGUCCUAAGCUUGAUGAGCAAAAACAUUCCCAGCCAACAUUAAAUGAAAUGACAUUGAGGACAUACUUUCAAAUUGCUAAAGUUGCAGUUUCCAGGACACUAUUGAUGAUAUUGAGAAUUUACUGUAUUUUUGAAAAGGCAACACACAUGGUGUAAGACUCAUAGAACAGGCAUGGAAUAAAAUGUCACUCUUUUUCCUUUGUGCUAUAGCAGUAUUCAACCUACAGGCAACUGCUAUUUUUUUUCCUACUCAUUUGCACACUUUAUUGGCUACUUUAUACUUUUUCUCAUUGUUUUGUAGUUCUUUAUAUAAUUUGGAAUACCUUUUCCAAUGUGUGUCUGUCAUUGUCAUCUUCUUCAGUGACUUAAUAAACAUGGUUUUAAGAUUUUAAUGUAGUUGAAUUUAUCAAUCUUUUCCUUUAUGGUUUGUGCAUGUUAUGAAUCUUGUUUUACAAGCCAUGUUUGAACAUACUAAGAGAGAAAAAGUAAUGGGAAGAAAGUAAUGAUAAAUAGAAAAACAUGGCAUACAAAGAAUACAAGCGACUCUUAACUCCAGGAAAACAAUGAAUGUAUACAAGAAAAGAACAGUAACAUAGUCUAAUUUAAGAAUAUUGCUCAGGGCCUCCCCGGUGGCGCAGCAGUUGAGCGCUGGGUUGCAAAGCUGCCCGCAGCCUCUGCAGCGCUGGUUCGAUCCCCGGCCACCGGGUGAGGGUCUCACAUGGAGCACAGACCUCUCCUGCUGCCCACUGCUCCCCUCAGCAGUGUACUUCGUUGGUCUGCCUGUUCUGUUCUCCGCUCUGGCUCUGGUGAAUUCUCUUACCCUCCCGUGCUUCUGACUGUA